AUAUGAAAUCAAUUACAAAGAUUUGUUUUCGCUGUAAACAUAUAAGGUGUGCUGUAUAAGAUAAAUUUUUAUUAUAGUGUAUUAAAUUAUUAGUACGUUCUUUUUUUAAAGAUUCCAAAGUUUUGAAUAAUUUUCAAAGAAAAUAUAUAACUAUAAUGAUGUUUGUAAAAGAAGGGUUAUUUUGUGUAAUUCUACUCACAUGGAUAAUUCAAAUCCAAGGUCGCCCACAAGGGGAGUCUAUGGUUAAAGUUUCAGAAAAACCAGAACCAUACGAAUACGAAUACAAAGUGGAAGAUAAGCCAAGUGGAAAUUACUAUGGUCAAAACGAAGUUGGCAAAGAUACAGGUCGCAUAGAAGGAUCGUACUUUGUAUAUCUUCCGGAUGGUAGACUCAUGACAGUCACAUACUAUGUUGAUGGAGAAAGUGGUUUUGUACCAAAAAUCACCUUCCAAGAUAAUGCUAGCCCAUUUGGUAAUAGUGAAUCAAAUUCUAUUCAGAGAAGAUAGAACAAUUUAAUAAGUAAUUUGUAUUUUCAUGUUUAAAUAUUUUCCAUAACAAACAAAUUUAAAAAUUAAUGCAAAAACCUAGACACAAUACUAUACAUUUUAUUCUAUUAUACGUAAAUAUUUAUAACGUUAUUAAAAAAAUAUAUAGUAUUGUUAUUUGUUUGUAUUUAACAAACUACAAAAUUUAUCUUAAAAUGAUUACUGACACCUCAUUAUUGUACACGAUAAAAAUUGAAUCCAUUAUAUUGUUAAUUGUUAUAUACAAUACAUAGUAUAUACACAUAAUUUUACUUGUAUAAAAAUAUGUAUUGUGUAUUUACAUAUGGAUGUACGUUUAUAUAGGCCGAUAUAUGCGCUGUUGAAUAUUUUUUAAUUAAUAUAAGUAUAGGUAUACUUUGCUGUUUAAAAUUUAUAAUUUUUAUUUUUAUUAUUACCUAAUUGUAAAGCAUAUCAUUUUUUUAAACUGUAUAAAAUAAAAUUAAUAAAUGCUUAUUAUAACUGUAAUACGUAAUAUAAUUAUGUUUGGUUAUUUUAUUAUUUUUAUACGUACGACCAAAAUUGCAAAUAAUCAUA